CCAGCGGUGGAGUGCAGAGGUUCAGUGUUGAAUGGCUGUAAUGGGGAAAGUAGUUCUGGUGACUGGAGCAAACAGUGGGAUAGGCCUGGCCCUGUGUCAGCGCCUCCUGAGCGACAAUGCUCAGCUGCAGCUGUGUCUGGCCUGUAGGAAUGAGCAGAGGGCCGUGGCGGCCCGUCAGUUCUUGCUCGUCUCUCACCCUAAAGCUCAUGUUUCGCUCGUUCGGCUGGACGUGGGCAGCAUGCGCUCCAUCCUCAGAGCUGCUCAGGAGAUAAGACGGAGAUACAGCAGGCUUGACUACCUCUACCUUAACGCUGGGAUCAUGCCCAGUCCACAGGUGGAUUCCAGGACCCUCUAUAAAGGCUUGUUUUCUGGUAAAGCAAUUCACAUGUUUUCGACGGGAGAAGGACUACUGACGCAGAAAGACACCGUCACUUCUGAUGGUCUACAGCAAGUGUUUGCUACCAAUCUGUUCGGUCACUUCUUACUGGUUCGGGAAUUGGAGCCCCUGUUAUGCCAACCAGGCCACAGCUCUCAGGUCAUCUGGACCUCGUCCAGCAACGCAUGCCGUUCAGCUUUCAGUCUUGAUGACCUUCAGCACAAAGAAGGCGCGGAACCGUACAGUUCCUCGAAAUACGCAUCUGACCUCCUGAGCCUGGCCCUGAACCGACACUAUAACAGCCAGGGUCUGUACUCAUCAGUGAUCUGUCCUGGACUGGUAAUGACUAACCUCACAUAUGGCAUCCUACCCUCCUUCUUCUGGACUCUUAUCAUGCCUAUAAUGUGGCUGAUAAGAAUCUUCACCAAUACUUUCACUCUCGCGCCUUAUAACGGAGCCGAAGCUUUGUUUUGGCUGUUCAAGCAGAAACCGGAGUCACUGGAUCCAAUGGUCAAAUACCACAGCUUAACCUCCGGACUGGGAAACAAUUACAUACAGACUCGCAAGAUGGAUAUUGACGAAACUACGUCAGCAGCACUCUAUGAGAAACUUCUACAAAUGGAGAAAACAGUGAGAAAGAAAUUGAAAGACGAAGAUGAAGAUGUUGAACACGCUAAAUAAAUAAACCAAUUACAAAGUAUUUAAGCUUUUACAUUUAAUUAGCUUUAGUAAUUUUUUUAAAAUAGAUAUUCUGUGAGAUGUGUAUCUGUGCGAUCUUUAUAUCGAAGAGAGUUUCUUUGCUAUAGUUAUUACAAUUUUUUUUUUCAAGCACUUACUUACUAAAAGUCUAAAGCCCUUCCUGCACCAUGCAAUUGGGUGGUGCAGAUCUCCGUUUCCGUAGCCCUCUGCCUCUCGCCUAUACAGCUAGGGUUACAGUCGGGGGCUAGUCCUCUGGUAACCGCGAGAGUUUGAUUCCCCACUCACAUCUGUAUUGCAGCGUGCCUUGCCAGACGGCAGUAGAUACCAUUUUUAUGAUGGUCUUUGGUAUGACCCGACCAUGAGUAGAACUGACGAUUGAGAGGCGGACACACUAACCACUAGGCCAGCUUGCAGUUUACUAACUUGCUGUCAUCCGACAACAGUCAGUGACAAUAUGAAAUCCUUUCACCAAGCCUUCAUAGCCACCAGAAGCUCCUCACCAUCAAGGCCAGAAUCAUUUUUUAACGACAUCCUUCAGAGUUAGUCAGGGACAACCAAUCCUUCAUUUCUCUUCGGGUUCCCAGAAGAGGACAGAAGUUGCAGGUUCCGUAUGUCGCAUCACAUGGCCUGCGAGGGCAAGGCAACGCUGCCUGAUGAUAGUGGUUAAUCUUGGUAAGUUCCCAUAGAGUUGGCUGUUGGUCAAAUGGUCACGCCAGGACACGUUCUUUACCACCCUGAGCGUUCUUGUGUAAGUACUGUCAAGAGAUUUCUCAAGUGACUUUGUGAGAGUCCAUGAUUCAGCCCUGUGGAGGAGGAUGGUCUCAACUGACUGUUUGAAGAUGUGAACCUUGGUCUCAGUAUGGAUUGGGGAUGCCUACACCUUUUGAGAGUGCAUUUGGAGCACCCCAAGCUUGUGCUUUCCUCACUUCAGUAUCGUGUGCUGUACCAUCCAAAUACUUGAAGUCAGUGACUUUUUCGAUUUCUGAGCCAUCGAGAGCGUGAAGAGGCUCUUCAUAGGAGGGAAUGGAUUACAUGUAUGGAUUACUGUUCAAAAAACACCAGUGCCUUCUCAUCUCAUCUCAUCUCAUUAUCUCUAGCCGCUUUAUCCUUCUACAGGGUCGCAGGCAAGCUGGAGCCUAUCCCAGCUGACUA